CAACAACCAACAAUAGCCACCCGGUUUCUCGAGGAUCCUCGUUGUCAUUGCUGUCUCACUUCGCUGUCGCUACGCCCUGCCUAUACUGCAGGUUCCACUCGCUUGGUCUCGCUCGUGGUCAGAUGCUUGCAUGCCAGCUCAUCCGCAUAGCAAGUGACCGUCCUUCGUUUGUGAUUCCCACUCCGGGGCAUGUCUAUCGGGCCUUGUCACAUGGGCCGUAUGUAGGCGGCAAUUCCUGCUCCUCCGCCGUCUGACCUCCAACCCCCUCUCUUUGUCGUGUCUUUGUGUGCCGUGGUUCGCCUUUGUCUUUUGGGAUUGUUCAACCUUCGUCCGGGACUUUCCCUGUCACCAUUGCAGGAUGCAGUACGUCCGAAGUAUCAGCGGUUCGGUCUCCAAGACCUGGAACUCCAUCAAUCCAGCCACCUUGAGUGGGGCCAUCGAUGUGAUCGUGAUUGAACAAGAAGAUGGAACUCUGGCCUGUUCGCCUUUCCAUGUCCGGUUCGGCAAAUUCUCAUUGCUCCGCCCGUACGAGAAGAAGGUGGAAUUCUCCGUCAAUGGGGUCAAACAAGACUACGCGAUGAAGCUGGGUGAGGGUGGGGAAGCCUUCUUCGUCUUUGAGACAACGGAUGAGAUCCCCGCCUCGCUCCAGACGUCGCCUCUGGUGUCGCCAACGAGCAGCCCCAAGAUGCGCAGCGAGGAAAACCUCCCCCCAUCCUUACAGGAACCCGAAUACCUAGAUCUCGAUCGAACCAAUGGCAGUGCAGCCCUUCCCAUGCUGUCGAGGAGUAUGCGGGCAACAAGCGAUUUGGGUACCAUUACUCCUCUUUCACGGUCGCCGGAUGACUCCAGCCUGGGCAGGUCCCGGCAUGGGUCAUUUGGUGACGAACCAAGCAAAAUCGACCGGACGGCUACGGAUCCGGUGCUGUUGACCAAGAGCCGCUCGAACAGUGUUAGCGUAGCGGACCAACUAUACGCGGUGCAGUCCUCUGGCGCGAGCGCCUCGAGCGAGGAGGUCGGUCCCGAUGGCCGCUCCCGAAGCCCUCCGUUAAUAUCACCGGAAGAGGCGAUGUCUCGCGCCGUUUCGCUGUCGAAGAAACUCUCUGGGUCGAAUAUUCCGUCUCGCGUAACUGAAACGGGCGAUCUCAUGCUCGACAUGACCGGCUAUAAGAGCAAUGAGGAGGAUGCUCUCCGGGCGGAAGUCCUUGCACGGAAGAUCCUUGCUGAGGAGCUCGAAGGAAACUAUGAUAUCGGGGCUCUCAUUGGGGCUGACGAGCAUGGCAACCUGUGGAUCUACAGCAGCGAGGAAGCAAAGGAGGCUGCCAACCGGCGUGCUACGUUCAAUGCGAUGCGGCCGGGCUCUGCCAUGAGCGAGCACGCGAUCUCCGACCCAGGAUAUCACAGUGAUAGCGACCGGUCUAUCCAUGAUAAGCCGAUGCCCACCCGGCACCAUCGCGCCCAGUCCGAUGUCCAACCCGGUUUUCCUACUCCGCCGCAGUCCCCAACGCAAGAGUCUCUGCAGGAGCCCGCCCGAAACUAUGCCAAGACUCUGCGUCUGACCAGUAACCAACUCAAGGCGCUGAAAUUGAAGCCUGGUGCGAACAGCAUGUCGUUCAACGUCAACCGGGCUAUUUGCACGGCGACGAUGUAUCUGUGGAACGGCAACAUUCCCAUCGUCAUUUCCGACAUUGAUGGAACCAUCACCAAAUCGGAUGCCCUGGGCCAUGUGUUGAACAUGAUCGGCCGUGACUGGACGCAUGCGGGCGUGGCCAAGUUGUAUACUGACAUCGUCAACAAUGGGUACAACAUCAUGUACCUAACGAGUCGAUCGGUCGGCCAAGCCGAUCUCACGCGGGCCUAUCUGUAUGGGGUUAAUCAGGACGGAUACCGGUUGCCCAAGGGCCCGGUGAUCAUGAGCCCCGACCGAACCAUGGCGGCUCUCCGCCGAGAGAUUUACCUGCGGAAGCCGGAGGUGUUCAAGAUGGCUUGUUUGCGGGAUAUCCUCAAUCUGUUCAAUGGCAAGGAAAAUCCCUUCUACGCCGGGUUCGGCAACCGCCUGACGGACGCGCUGAGCUACCGGUCUGUGAACAUUCCAUCUACCCGGAUCUUCACGAUCAACUCGAAUGCGGAGGUUGUCCUGGAUCUCCUCAGUCUGAACAAAUACAAGAGCAGCUAUGUUUCGAUGACGGAGUUGCUCGACCAUUUCUUUCCGCCGGUGAGUCUGCUGGUACAGGCUGGCGGCGAAGAAUAUACCGAUUUCACCUACUGGCGGGAGCCGCCGCCGGAUCUAGAGGACUUUUCGUGUACAGACAGUGAAGCGGAAGAAGGCGACCCGGAAGAGGAAGAUGAGGAAGAGGAUGGCGACUACGACGGGGAGCUGAGUGAGGAGGAUGGGAGUGAUGUCGAAGAGGAUGAGGUUGGAGAAGAUCUCGGGGCCAGCUACAUCUCGCAGGACUCGGUCGAUGGGUUCGAGCUGGCCGACAGCCGCAGUCUUCGUGCUGCCGAUGAAGGUAUCGAGGACGAAGACGAGGUGUCGGACGAAGAGCCGGUGGUCUCUCGUCUGACCCGGUCAAACCCUGGGUCUCCCAAGCGGUGAUAGAUGGUCGUGAUGCAUCAACUGCAGAGCGACGCUACCAGCGAUGUCGCUGUGCCUGGAUGAACAUUUAUUGCAUGGAUGGGUGUUUGUUGAUAGAUUUGCAUGAGGCGUUUGCACAGGUCGCAUAGCCAUAGUUCCUGCUUUAUUCGGCAGCGCAUAAUGUAUGAUAGGAGGGGGGAUUCUGUAUAGAGUGCUAGUGGAAUAUUACCCUGUUGCCAGUGUUG